AUGGGCCGGGCCGAAGGGUAUGACCACGUUUGUGCCCUUUUCCGUGCCGCCCAAACAAGGGGAGACUGAGACGGGCCCGGGUGACGAUGGCAUGGCAUGGCAUGGCAUGGCAUAGCAUGGCCUGGUACUAGCAUGGCCUGCCGCGCAGCGGAGGACAGCGCAGCGCAUGACCACCCACCCACCCACACACACACUCACGCACACACAGGCAGGCACACACACCCCUUGUUCCUGUUGGCCCGCGAGUACCCCUCAGUCCGCUCGAAUACUGUACAAUUCAGCACGGGCGCAAAUGGUCGUCAGUCGCUCCUCUGCGGAGGCUUGCUUGCCAGGUCGCCUCUUCCCUCUCCAGGAAUCCGACCAUCGUCGCCUCUCUACCGCCAUCCUGCCGGGCAGCCACUCGACAGCCAGGCGCGUAUGCACAUCGGGGGAGACGUCGCAGACGUUGGCCCGCGCUAUCCGCCAUCCUUGCCUCGCCUCGUCGAGCGGGAGUCACCGCAUCCCCAGGACCCCAAGGCCCGGGCCGGAGCAGCAGCAUCCAGCGUCGCCCAGCCGCCCGACCGACCUGUCGCGGCAACGGCAGCCGGCCGGGGGACCAAAGAGUGUCAGCCUGCAAGCGGCCUCUCCGAGGCGUUGAUGAUCGCCAACACCAGCCGCCUCUCCAGCCCCCGAGCGUCAUCCGACCCCCUCGUGCCCGCUGGCCGACCCCCCUCAGCCUGACGCCCAACACUGCUAGCUAGCUCUUGUCCAGACUUACAUACGAGCACCACCGCCUCGGCCUGGGUCACCCACCAGCGCCGGCAUCAGCCUCCGCCUGCCCCCGUCUCCGCUGAGCGGAGAGCUCCUCGCGCUGUGUCGCGCGCCCGCCCGCGCGCCCGCUUGACUUCGUCUUGCGCGCCCGCGCUCGCUCGCUCGCCACACCCCCAGACGAAUGCAAGGCCGCAUGGCUGAGCCUGUCCCGGCAAUGGUCCGGGUGGAACCUUAGCUGGUCGACAGACGCAACUUUCACCCCCGGCUCCGCCGCUUUCCCUCGCCCGCGCUCGCAGCCCAGCUCCAGGUUCGCCGCUUCUUGUACCUCCCCGAUCUCACUUGUCCCUCGCGUAUAGUCGAUACCUUCCCUCCCCACGUGCCGGUACCUGGGUCCUGGUCUCAGACUCUGCCCAGGCGAGCUUGUCCAACGCACCCUCUUUCCUUGCAUCCAUCAUGGAGUUUCAUCAGCCCCUCAUCAACAAGCGACCUCGGUCCUGUGCCGAGGUUGAUAUCUCUGAUCCUCCGUUGCAGUCCCUUUUCCCACUACUGAACGCGGGAUACGCGUACGCGCCACUCCAACUUGACAUAUCAACCGUGCCGGACCAGUUGCCCGCGGCUUAUGGCUUCGCCACUGGCUUCUCUUCCGGUCUUGAAACGUAUGAAGGCUCCCCAUCGGUACAUUCGUCAGCAAAACGACGGCGCCUUGGGCCAUAUAUCCCCAUGUCUCCAGCAGGCGCCGUCCCAAGUCUGUCAAGUCUCUAUGAGAAGGCCUCCGAGGUAGAAUCUAUGGGCCACAUGUCGAACAACGAGCCGUCGAUGCCAUCGCGGUGGUCAGAGGCGGCCCCGCCUUCGGCGCAGUCGCCUCUGGCGCGGCAAAUGAACAGCUUGAGUCUCUUUCUGUGCCCUUGCCCCGGACUUGGGUGGGAACAGCAAGAUGGAUACUCUCCGCUUGGGGAGGCCUCGACCACUGCUUAUGAUUCGAACCAGCCAUACACAACAGAAAAGCAGCCGUCUAUGCACCUGUCGUCGCAGGACAUGGAGGCAAUAUUCUCGCCUCUGGGGGAUAGCUCAUUCGAAUCUAUCGAUGCCGGCGAGAUCGUGGAGUCUUUCCAACACCAGCCUCACCAUACAGCGACCGAGUCUCUGAUAUCGUCAAGCUACCUGCAGAACGAGUACAGCUCCCAUGAAGCCGAGGUCGUCGGGCCCGGGGCAUUCGUUACAGAUUACCUGAGCAACAUUGACCCCCCGCAGUUGAUAAGCUGCACUCAAGACUAUAUCGACCCUCUCACCCCGUCACCCUUGCCAUUUCAAACGGUAAGCGGAGGCGUAGAAAGCUCACCAUGCGGCGUGGCGUCGGCCCGGACGUCUGAUCAUGUCUCACCUGGACACUGGCAUGAAGCGCCGAUGCAGCCAUCGAGUUUUGACAUCUUACUUCCCGAUCAGCGCGGCGGGGGCAAACGAGGCCCUUUCAAGGAUGCCAAACUUCGUGAGCAGACGGCGCAAACGAGACGGACGGGGUCGUGCAUUAGGUGUAGAAUGCAACGAAUACGCUGCGAAUCGGAUCCCAAAGACCCGAGUGGCAUAUGCCUGACCUGCGCCAACGUAGCAAACACAAAGGCAGGGCGAUUCCCUUGCCUGAGGUACAAAAUCACAGACGUCAAGCUGUACAAGCCUGGCCAGGUUCCCGGCUAUGAGUGGACGCGUCGAUGGACCAACAGCAUCACUGAUCCCAUUCAGAAAUGGGCCUCUUCCGACGUCAAGAUCAUACAUGUGUCUGCUGGAUUUUCACGGAGGGUCAUUGAACUACAGGUUCGCAGGUUCAUCCCCCAAGACGGCGACAAGCUCGUGAGGACCUGGGACCAUAAUGGAACCAAAAGAUCGGUUGCCAUUCCGCCGUAUGCUCUCAUCGACUUGGAGGCGACGAAGCUGGCAUAUGAGCUGCACAUUCAAGACAUCAUGAAUGAUAGCAUCCAGAAUGUGUUGGACCGCCCCGACGGUUUGCUGUACAAGACGUACUUUCGGGCUGUGCGACUCAUGCAAGACCCGUCCAUGGAGGAGGAUGCCAUGAAGCUCAUUAAGCUGACACUCACAUUGUGGGUGUCGAUUCGGCUCUCUACAACGUCUGGCUUCAUCGUCGGGGACGAGACGCUAGGCAUGCCCAACAACAUCUUGGAUGAUACAAACCCGAGCGCGGGCAAGAUCCCGACGCCCCCCGUAUUGGGAGCGCAGCUGGACCUUGUACUCAUCCACCACAUUCAGACGAAACUUCGCAGGGACAUGCUGGAGAUUCUGCAAAAGCUGGUGCUCAAGAAUAAGCAGAAGAGCUGGUUCGUGACGUAUCUGGUAACUUUCAUACUGCUACACAACACGGCUCUCAUUACAGCACACGAUGCUGGGUACGCUCGAAAGCACGGCAUAAAGCGCCGCUUCGCACGAGAAGACAAGGUCAGAGAGUAUCACCUAGGCGCCAACAUUCUGCUUGCCCACUUCCACUACUGCAACAAGGGCAUGUAUCCAUUCUCAGAUGAAUGCAAAGACAAGGAUCUGCGAGUGCUGGCAGACUUGAGCGACGAAGAGAUCCAAUUCGUUCACGCCACCAAGCAGUACGCGAAACAACACCGGCGAGAAUGGGAGGACAUCAAGGACGGAAGCGAUUACGAGCGGGAUUUCUUUUUCGUCAGCCAGCUGUUUGAAGAGAAUUGGAAGCCACGACCGACGAUAUAAUGAGCUCCGAGUUGCCGGGCAGUGGGAAGUUGAGCAGCAGUUAAGGUGGCGCCAACGCUUCGGCCACGACGACGGCUAGUAUGACAUGUCGAUGCAAUGCAGAUGCCUGGCCGCCGCGGCGUGCUCCGUCCGCUACAGGAAUGAGGCAGGGGAGGAGACGCGGCGCUGGCGGCAACGAAGCGAUGGAUGAUGAUGCGGAUGGAGUCAAGGCUCACCGGUCGUCUCACAUGGGUUUUCGAUUCGGGGCCCAUGUUCCUAGUAUUCACAGAUCGCGCAAAGCCCUGGGGGAUCGGGCCGCCGCAAGGGAGCACGGGAUGGUGCAUCUCAGCAAGCAUGGAAGCGAGCAUCCGCCAUGAUUUUUCUGGUUAUUUUUAUUUUCUUCUGCGCCUUUCUUCUCAUAUGCUCUCCCCCCCGUCUGCGGCCAGUGGUGGCUUGCGCCUGUGGACUUGACCCUGCCUCUCGGACCUUGUUCCGGGUCGUGACGUGGAUAAUUAGUAGAACGCGCGAAGUUGUACGAGGCGUUGGACAAAGCUUGACCAUGGAUUCACAGGCAAAGUGCCUUGGCUCUCUGUCCAAAAGGUGACACAGCAGUCGGCGGCCGAUCUACCCCCCCCCCCCCGUGCCUUGUUUCAAGAUGGCGAGUGGCGGCUCUGGCUGGCUGGAAGAAGGUGAGAGGCCCGGGCAUCCAGAGGGAUUCGCCAAUCUCGCCUACGGAGUGGUAUUGCAGGGUGCAGCCACGGAUGUUCCUGUGUGUCCCAACCAGUCAGUGUUGGUUGGUUAGGGCGAUUGAUUGCCUUGGCCGCGUCGGGAAUAAUGCUUUGGGUUCACGGAGUCUUUGACGGCCGCCCACAAAAAUAAAAACACGCGCCAAAUGCGCGCGGUGCGGUGCGGUGAGGAGCGGUGCAGACAAACCCGGAGGUGCGCGUGCAGUGAGUGUGAGUGAGUUCCAUGCUGCCGUACAGUGCAGCGCAGCGCGGCGCAGCGCAGUGCGGCGCGGUGUGGUGCGGUGCGGUGCGGGCCUCGGUCGCCGUCGUACAAGUCCGUCGGCACAUG